UCAACCCCGGUUGUUUUUGAAUCAAAGGUAACUAAAUUCAACUUUAUUUAGCUUGUUCUACUGUAUAAGCUCAAGUAUUGUUGUAUUUCGCAGCUGUAAAAAUCGCUUGGAUUCACAUUUUUUUUAUCUUUUUUUUUUUUUUUUUUUUGCAUUUGUCUGUAAUCUUUCGUUUCGUAUGGAGCACUGCUUAAUUUGUUUGUUUUUUUUUUUUUUGUUUUCUCUUUUUUGGUAAAGAUUGUUAUACAAUGGCUAAAAUAGGCUUAAGUAAGUUUUGUAAGCAAGAGGAUGAUCAUGAGUUGAAGGAUGUGCGAUGCAAACAUGGAUUUCUUUUGCCAUUGUUGACUUCUUGGACCCCAAGGAACCCUGGUAGAAGAUAUUGGAGUUGUCCAUAUUAUGGUGGUGCUAGAUCAUGUGAUUUUUAUCUUUGGAAGGAUGCUGACAUUGAUCCAAGAUCCAAAUUUGUUAUUCCUAAAUUGGUGGGAAGAAUUGGUGAACUUGAAGCAGCAUUGGAGGCUUUUGGAAAAGAUGAUUACAAGCCUUUUCCGUCAACAAACUCCGUGGAAAGCAAAAUUGAUAUGAACAACAUAGAAAUUCAACUAGAAAAUUUUGGAGAAGACAUUAAGAAGAUGAAGGAAAAAGAGAAGAAGUGGAAGAGCAAGUUGGCUAAGUCCAAGAAAAGGGAGAAAUGUUGUGCAAUUGCUUUGCAAAAUUAG